CCCAUUAAGGAAGAACAUUCUGUUCUAGCUGUCCCCGCCAAGUGCAUCACAGACGAUGACUGUUUGAAAGGUGAAGCUGUCUGUCUGCGAGGUGAAUGCCACUGUACAAACCCACUCGCUCGAGGAGAUGGAAGGCUUAUUUGUGACUCUUAUCGUGAGUAUUUUGUUAUUGGUAUAAAAGCCUUUAAACAGGCUUUCCGUCUUAGAGAAAGGGGGUUUAAAAUCGCAAAGAGAUGACGGGGAAAAAUGAAAGGGGAAUGAGGAGAAUGAGGGGAGAUUCUUCGAAGCCUUUCCCCUCUCCUUAUCCCUCGGGUAUCCCUCGCUUGAUUCGCUCGGCGAUUCUUCGCUUUUUCCCCAACAACGAACCUGUUCCCAGGCUAUACUGGUAUUCAGUUUAUCACUUCAAAUUUGUUGCUAGUUGAAUUUUCUCUUUUUCUUUUCUUUCUUUCCACCCCCGUUUUUUUUUUUGGGUGGGGGAGGCUGGUGUUUGGUGAAGGCUGUAAGUAAUUUCCUCCUCAAAAAUGUACUCCAAUUUUGAUCCGAGUCUCAGAAAGCGACCCUAAAGAUGAAGUGGCCGGUACCGGCAGAAAUGUAAUCAAGUCAUGGAUCAACAUUACCUGGAUGUGACAGUCUAACAUUGUUUGUAUUCCGGCCCGAAUGCGAAAAUUAAUUCCAAGCAAGAGAAAAACAGUAUUUUACAUCUCAAUUUAAGAUACGGCUGUUGGUGAAAGACGAAAAUUGCCCUUCCUCAAAACAAAACCUCUACAAAAAUUUAGUUCCACUCCUGAAUUGUUCUAUCUGGGUCUCUUCUUUCUAAUCUGUAAAUGUAGUCUCAAAUAAGUUACUUUCGUCACGAGCACCGUUUUAAUCAUGGCCUGAUUUUGAUUUUUUUUCUUUUGUUUUUCAGUUUUCUACCGAUGCCCCCCUUAUCAUGAAAAGCGCUGUUCAUCUAAUCCUGGUGAAAUAUGGUUGCGUGUGACAUAUACCAGGAUAUUUCAAAGAUAGCUUCAACAAAAGACGUUUACAAACGAAGGACAUUUUGGAAGGGCAGGUGUACUCGGAUGUUUAAAAGCAGCAGGUAAUGUGCACGCGCAUUUCCCAUAAUACAACUUGUUCCCCCACCUGUACAUCUGAAGACGGCGACGGCGGCAAAAAAACGUCGCUUAAAAAGUGAAUUCGCGUUCUUACAAUCUCCAUCGCGAUUACUAUUCCAACUAACUUACUACGUAAAAACUGUCAUGGAGUAUAAUUCGUAGGAACAAUAUUCAAGUUCAGAAAGAGAAAGAAAAUUUCGUCGUCCCUUGUUUAUGUCCUUCCUAAAACGAGAAAUUUGGGUAUUUUCAAGCGUAUAGUCGUGAAGGGACGACAAUAAGAAAUGAGCAAAAAAGCGUGUCGCACCUGUAAAUUUCAAGCAUUGUUUAGCUAACUUAAACCUAUUGCAUUUUUUACGUUUUCGUUGCCGUCAGCGGAUCUUACUCGGUCCCUAUUUUACAGGUUAUGGCCCCCCUAUUAUCUUAGGAAGUGGAUGGGCGAGACCAUCACCUGCCAAUUAAAGAUAUGAAUUCAUCUACCACUGUACUCUGUCUCAAUAAGUUUUAUAAUUUAUUACUAACAGAGGAUCCUGAUGGCAAGAGACCGUGUUUAGGUGAUCAGUAUUGUCCGCCAUUAGCCUUUUGUAACUCUAAAACCAAACGAUGUCAGUGCAGGCACGGUCUCGUAGGAAAUGGCGUCACAUGCCGACCUGGUGAGAUUACAGUUGCUGUUUACUCAGUUUUAUUUAUUAGAAUUUAUGAAGGAAUUAGCUAAGUCUUGACUCUGAAACGGUUUUGUUUUCAGGCAGUGGAUUUCCUUUGAGAUUAUAUUUGGCAUUUUGUCGUACACAAAUUUCAACUUUUACCGUUCUUGCCUUCUUUCAAAGUUCCAGUUAAAUAAAACCUAUUUACAAUAAUGUUUCAUUCAUUUUAGAAUGUUUCAUAUGCAUUCAUGUAUUUUUUGAGCUGGUGCUGACUUAAGGGAGUUGCGAUGUUGAAGCCCUAAAAUUGUUUUUUGGCUUAAGUUGCACUUGCUCAAAUUACAAUUACCACAUGACUGUGACGGUCGUGUCUACAUUUAGAUUUUUCUCUUGCCGCGUCCUUGCGAUUUUUAGCCCUGUUCCCCCAAACGUAGAGCCUGUUCACAGGGCACCCAUCCUGGGUGGAGUAGCAUUGUUUCUGGGGGCUUUCCUGCAGGAAGAGUGUUAGGCUAUGGUGAGCCUGUGGUUAGUUGUGUUAACCUGAAUUUUCUUUUUACGCCCAUUUCUAGCGCCUGGACGAACCGGAUGCAAAAGUAACAGUGAUUGCAAGGUAUGGGCUGAAUGCACAGAUGGAACUUGUCACUGUCGGGCUGAGCUACAGGGUGAUGGAAAUACCUGCAACAAAGGUGGGAAGGUGCAUGCCAUGGUGCUGUGAGUACUUAUUUUAACUAUAGCUUUUUUAUGGGAAUAUAGCAGCUUUACACAGUCGUCCGUACACAAGAAAACUAGUUCGCAUGCGUCAGUUGUACCGAUUCAGACAUUAGCGGAACACAUGUACAAGUCCACUGAACUGAUAUAUCAGAUAUAUACGCACAUAAACUUUAUUUGACACCUAGCAUUUAUCAGUAGCUAUAAAUGCCAGCAAAUUAUGUCUGAGAAAAGGAGAAUAAAUAAAGAGAAAGAGUCAGCGGCAGCAACGAAGUAAUUAAGUUGAGCCACGCCAGUAAGCAGUGAAAGAAAUCCCACUAGUCCUUAGUCACAAUGAUGGUUGAAAAGUUUCGCUCGAUAGCCGUGGUGCUCUGACAGCGAUUUGCAGGCUCAGUUCAAUUCCGGCUGACAUAAAAUCAAGACGACAUGAAGCAUUUUGGGUCGUAUAAUUACUAACCUGCGCCCCUUGUUUUGUUCCUACAGCACCGCGAAAGAAGUGCAAAGCAAAGCAAGACUGCCAUCCUCAUGCCAGUUGCAUGAAUGGACAUUGUGUCUGUUCCGAUAUGGCGGGAAAUGGAGAGUACUGCCGAAAACGUAAUGUCUAUUUAAGUAGCAAUUAAUACAUAAUCAUUUUUUUAACAUAACACGUACACUGCACUGUAAUAUCGUACGAUAUAAGUAUUGUCUAUUUGGCGAGUUAAUUAGGGAUUUUGAAAUAGCCGAUGGGUAGGUGACAACAUGCCCUGUCCGUGAUGGUCUUGUUCAAGUUGCCUUCUGUUUAAGGUAGAGAUUGUUUUAGCCCACAGAGUUGGUGGCAAACUCGUUCUUGGAGGCUUCGAUCCGUUUGGUCGGCGCACUAAGUCUCCCCUGGCUAAGCCAAAUAAGGCUAUGGCUCUGAUUGGCAGCUUGUUCUCUUGACGGCAGCCAGCAGGUUCUCCUUUGCAGCGUAGUGAGACUGAAAAUGCACUCGCAGUUGGCACGUAACUCUAAAUCUGCCUAUCCGUACAACCAAGUAGAAUUUGCGCUCAUUACUAAGCUACUUUUAAAAUUUUUCUUGUCCCAUUACAACCAGAAUGGCUGCCUUGCGUUAAAAAUUGGUGCGGUUUAAAUGAUCAUUGCGCGAUGGAUCCCAUUCACCCACAGCAUCACUGGUGUUUAUGUAGAAUCGGAACUGAUGAACACGGAAAUUGCGUAGGUGAGCACUGUCUAAUUUAUUCAACAAUUCACUUGUUCAAUAGUGUUCAAAGGCUUUGUUGUUGUUGUUAUUGUUUGUUUGUUCUUUCUGUUUCGAAAAUAGGGGGCUUAAACCUCCUCUCAUCCCUUUCUCUAAGAAUUUAGUAAACUGUCUUUUGAUCAAUUUCUAGAUAUAUAAAUUUCAAGAAAUUAAGCCACUGCCAAAAAGCCUGGCUAUACUCUUGGAGUUUAUUCUCGAUAUGUGCCUAGUAGUUAUUUGAUCUUCUGAGAUUCAAGGGAUUGCGACUUAAAGAAAAGGCUUUUGGACAGUCCGGGGUUAUGCGUGUGACCAUCGGUGUUUAUGACCUGGUUGGUUCUCCACUGUGUCGGAUUGCACUAUAUUGUUUUAGGGACGCUGUAUAUUGCGAGACUACGAACGCAAGAGACUGGGUCAAACUUCACGUCCGAAACAGUCGCACAUUGCAAUUGGACAAAAACACUGACACAUUUUCACGCGCAACUUAAAAACUUUGCAUUGGUAAACUAAAUUUUCCCUCCUGUUUCACAGAAUGCUUCACAGACGGUCACUGUGGAAACAUUAAUGGAAGGUGUAUAAGGAAUAAAUGCCACUGCCAAGAUGAACUCAUUUUGAGUCAUAGUCGCUGCAUUCAGAAUAGUAAGUCAAAAUGUCACCCUGUUCACUCUGCCUUACAUUCAGUAAUUUACGCAAUUUUGUGUGUGUUUAUGUAUAGCUUAAAACACUUACCGCUACAUCAGAUUGCCGCCGUGUCAUCUAUUGCAGAUUAAUGCAAAGAAAGUUGUUUCAUGAUACAUUCGCCACUUUAGAAACGAGAAAGAAACUAAGCGCAGUUAACUGUCGCAAAGACACCUUGGGCUGUUAUUAAUGAUAGGGAAAAAAUUGGCCAAUAGCUGACCGGCGUGUCCCGACUAACUAUCCCAGAAACAAUUGCGGGACACAUUUUUAGUUUCGGCACCAGUCCCCUUAUCGUUUCUUAAGAGGUAAUUUUUCUGUGAUAUAAUUUUUGGUUUAAUCCAUACACUGCAUGCGCACAUACAUUUUAACCAUUCAGUAUUACGUGGUUUCUGAUUGAUGCGCUUUCUUCAAUUGCGUAGGUCGGUGAAUUCUUAGAAACUCACAAGUUUCCAUCAAAUCAUUGAAUCAUGAAACGACUCACUGCUUUCAACAGUUGCUGCACACAGUUACGAUGUGAUCAUCAUAAAAAUUUCCAGAAGACAAGAGUACUUUGCUUAUUGGACCUUGGUCAUACAUCGUUUAAUGCAAGUGAUCAGCUCGCAUAGCUUGUUGGCAGUCUUCCGAUGUAGUCGUCUUCAGCCGGAAAUCAUUUCAUGAAAAAGCCGGCAAAAAUGAGUCAAGUACUCGUACAAACAAAGGCUAAACGAUAAUACCCUUUGUAUAGCUAAAUCAUUCGCAACUAUUUUUUAAACCUGGUCAGGAGCCUAGGCUCCUGACUAUUGCAGACCUUGCAGGAAAACGCUUUAUGUCGCAAUGUUAUGCAUUAGGCCUCGUGCAAAACACAGGACGUAGGCGCUAUCCUUUUUUUCUGAGACACGGUGCUUCUUGUUGUCCUCGAAUUUUUAUUUUUAAAUAAUCUCUUGCAGAACACCGUCCGGUGUGUAAGAAAGACAAUCAUUGUCACCCGAAAGCUAAAUGCGAAGAUGGGAGAUGUAUGUGCCAGGGAAGAACUGUUGGCAAUGGGGAAUACUGUCGUGGUAUGUUACUCUACCAAUAUCAGCACUGAAGCACACAUACCAACUCCGCGGUUUAACCAUGGCCAGUACGUUACGCAUGCGCACAACCAUAAUUACAUUCGUAACUCGGGAAUUUUUCGCACUCGGCCGUGUUACUAACUUAAAGAGUGUGUGAAUGGCAAAGCAUUCAAAGGAUAGUUUCAGAAGUAUACCAUUUAGACUUCAUUUGAAAAAGCUUUAUUAUUUUGAAAUCGAAUAUUUAUGAAUUUAUUUCUCAAUUUUGUGUUUUAGAUCGUUUCCUGACAGGCUUCUUGACCAACCCGUACACAUUCUUCAAACCACUGAAACCACUUACGCAGCCUCUUGGUGAUUUAGGUGACCCUUUACCAGUAACGUUCACAAUGUUUCCUAUAAUGGAUCUUUUCCCCAGGGGAUGUGUAGGUAGGGCCCGGUCCCUCUUCCAUCUUUCUCAUCCUCUGGUAAUCUCGUCCCCAGAUCUUACUUACAAAACCUAGAGUCCUGCUUAAUAAGUCAGAUACCGGUGUGAUCUGGGUGCUUUAUGACGAUAUAUCUUAAUUAACACUGUGGAAGGUUGAACCAAGGAGCCAUUUCACAAGUAUAUGUAGGUUGAGUAUGAUCGUCCCGGUAAACGGUGACUGACGUUUCGUCGGUGCGGUAGUCAUCGUUAGAGUCAAAGUGAGUUGUAUCACGUCAGUUGAUGGUAUUAAAGUCUCGUUAUUGACCUGAUUGCUCAAUUAAGUCGCGAUUUUAUUGGUCGUCUGUCAGUUAAGCCGUGAUGUCAUUGGCUAUGAAGAUUCGUAAUGUGAUUGGUGCGUUUCGAUCCAUCUAUUGUCUUAGUUAAACAGUCGUUUACUGUUGGUCAAAUUGUCAGUUGUCCAGUCGUUCUCUCGUAGUUAGUUUUGCUUGAUUCCGUCAAUAAGUCGUUUGUACGGUGCCGGUAACUGUCGACUACGAUUCAGUGGCGUAGUUGAUUGCCGCUGUUCCUUCGUUUUAUUCUUUAGAAUGUCAAAAAAGCGAGGAAUGUGCUAGCAAUGCAUAUUGUGACUGGUUUGCUUGCAAGUGCAAAGAUGAGCUUAUAAAGAAGGGAAAAGAGUGCCUGCUAGGUAAGAUAUAGAAUUAACUUUACUCUUUAAUUUAUUUCUUAGGCGUUUCUUUCUCAAAAACAUGUCGCUUUGUGUUGAUUGAAGCACUGCUAAACUUGAACGUAUGAAUUUAUUUUUUAUUUUCUCCACGAGCUUUAACCACAGUGGGUUAGUUCGUAAUACGCCACUUUAGACACUCUAGGGAGAAUAGGCUCAAGCUUAAUAAUAAGAAUAAUUUAAUAUUUAUAUUGCGCAAAAUACAUGUAAAUAUGAUCAAAUGCGUAUGGGUGCUUUGGGUGCAGUGACUUCUGAUAUGGUUUAGGUGGACAAGCGUUAGUCAUGAUUGGUUGAUGGUAUUCAAGGCAAACAUUAACCAAUAAUAAGCAACGCUUGUCCACCCAAACGAUCCCGGAAGGCUUGUACCCAUUCUCCUUAAAGAGCAAGUGGGGAAUACUCAUGCGCGGAUCUAGGAUAAAUACUGACCGAUUUCCUAAAAGAGCGUCGAGGACGCAAGCUUCUAGAGAGGUCCGGGGGAUGCACGUACCCCAGUGAAAUGUUUUUUGAUUUCAACUUCCUUAAGUCACCUUUCCUGGGUUUUUGAGUCAUUCAGGCAGGAUAUCGGCCAGAUUUAAAUUUGAUUUUUUUUUCAUGAAAAAUAUACUUAUUUUUGAAAAAUCUGACCGAUGCUGAUUAAUGCAUGAACGAGUUUAAGACGAAAGGUUUCCAAUUUUAUUCAGAUCAAUCUCUUUAAAUCCUCUUCGAAAUAUCUACCAAUUACGCACUUACUUCAACUUGGUACAGAAAAAUCAGACAUAACAAUAACAAUAACUGGGAGAAUCAUUUGUCUUGACACAGCCCCUCUGCAAAAAUGUAAACAGGCCAGUGAAUGCAAUCCUAAAGCCAAGUGUUUCUUCGGGAAUUGCAUCUGCCAAGGAAGUACAACAGGCAAUGGCAAAUUCUGCAGAGGUGAGUAAAGCCUGGCAUCCAGUAGCCUACGAGCAAGGUCUCCAAUAGGCCACUUGCACUAAGAGGUCACGUGACCAAUGCUUCCUUUAAACAAUGAGUUGGAUAUCUUGCUGAUGCCAAAAAUUGACAGAGCACAUAAAAAUUAUUUUACACCCGAAAUUUGAGGGGAAACGCAUUUAAAGGAGAUAUUUUAUGGCACUUUGAUUUUUCAAGAAAGUGGUAUGAUUUGUAUUGGCCGCCAUGUUGGAGGGCAUACUCUUGCCCUCCAACAUGGCCGCCAAAACUACUUUUUGCUUGUAUCUUGUUAAACGUUUGAUAGUUACGCUCAAAUGUGCUGUAAACGUUACCACAUCAUCUUUUCAACAUUUUCCUUAAAGAUUAAGUGCAAAAUUUGCGUUGAAAAAGAGAUAACUCAUAAUUUUAAAAAUCACAUUUUGGUCACGUGACGUCGAUGCUUGAAUGAGUAAAAUUCUUUUACCACGCCCAAACUUUUUGCUUUAGUGAUAUUAAAACAAAUUCUAUAUUGGGUGAUUAGCAAAAAGCUUCCGUUAAUCAUAUAACUUUCAUUUUCAUAAAAAAAUGUCACAUGGCCUCUUAGUGCAAAUGGCCUAUUAUGGCGCGCCAAGCGAGCCGCGAAAUAAAGCGCGAGCGACCGUUUUUUCCACGCCGCCCGUCGCAAUCGCGUCUCCUUUCGCGUGCUGCGAACCUCGCGACUCCCCCAAAUGGGCAGCUUACUCGCAGGCUAGGUAUCCUUAUAUUUGUUCAGAUCGUUGCGACAGUUACAGUCAUUUGACACAAACGUUUGAUACAUUUCAAACAUAACGAUCGGCUAGUCUCUAUUUUUGCUCUACUGGCACCCACACAACGCGACAUCGCGGCUGUGCCGUUCACCGCUCAAAUAUAGGGCUGUUUUCCUGUUUCUUUCCUUAGAUUUGAGACCAGUUUACCGGAUUUUUUUGUUCAAGGGUGGCAAGGGUAAGGUUGAUCAGGUUUUUGGCAAGUGUGCGCAAUAUACACACUCGCCACUAUGCAAUAGCUGUGCAAGGCUGAAUAGUACAAGAUAUGACGUUAUCCGUCCGUAUAACUUUCUCUUUUUCUUGACAGAUGCUGUGCCAUGUUCUAACGCUACUCUGUUAUUGUGUGGAGGAAAAGCUUCAUGUCUGGCCGAUCCACUUCUGCCUCAAAUUCCUAUUUGCAGGUGCCAUAAGGGCUUUAGACUGUCUAAGAGUAAAACAUGUGAAGGUAAGAUACUGAAUAAAUGAAACCUGUAGGCUUGAAAGUCGUCUGAGAUAACGACGAUAAAAUUUAAGCCCCCUUUCACGACCCUUGCACGUGCAGUAAUUCUGUGGGACUUCAUAGAACCAACAAACUUUUAUUAGAGCAGGAGAUGUGUCCCUGGUGUACAUUGUGGUGGUCUAUCUCAGUUACACUCACAUUAGGGGAAGUACAUAAUUCAUCACUUCUGUUGGUUACUCGUAAACUUCAGCAAGAGCAAUCUGGCAAACGUCCUCCAUCCAGUGUAGUAAAUUAUCCCUAAAAAGCCCUCAGGUCAAUGGAUAAUAACAUAUUUACUAUUUCUAAUUACUAACCAAGCCCCCGGGUCCCUGCCACAGCGAUUCUAAUGACAUAUUAUCUCACUUGUUGGAUCAUCACUAUGCUGUCAGACUCAUUCCACCGUCCGUUCAUCAUCCUAUGACACUUAACCGCACCGACAUUUCAUCAUUUUGGCCUUUUGCCAUUACAGAAGUGUAGGAUCAUUUUUCCAUAAUUCACGCAGGGCUGAACUGUAUGGAUGAAACGACAUGUGUUUUUACGUCUCAGAUAUCGAUGAGUGCAAAACUUUGAAGGCAAGAUGUGGAAAUCGUUGUCGAAAUACAGUUGGUUCAUACUAUUGCGACAAGUGUCCUCGAGGAUUCACCGAGGGACGGGACGGAGUAUGUAUAGGUCAGUUGCGACCUUAUGAGCUCCCUGAAUAUCAUUUCACAAUAUAGAAAAAAAUUUCCUAUUAUUUUCCAGAACAAUCAGUGUCUUUAGCUGCCCAUUUUCAUACCUGAAACUAAUUAACUCAAACCUGAUUUUUUUUAAUUGACACCCACUACUAGAAAAAAGAAAGGUUUACACAGUUUAGAAAAAGAAGAUGUUCUUUUUGCCUUCUCUUGACACUCCAGAAACUGGAGUUCAAGAGACUGGGUUCUUGCUUUUGUCAUUCUUGUCCUCAGGCCCCCGGCCUCUUCACUUCAUCCCCGCUGGAUUGAAGAAGAGAGGCACUGGGGAUGAAAAAGAAAGUUUAUGGGAACAUUUUAAAAACUGCAUCAUUACCAACUGACUGGACACGAGUUGAUGGCUGCUACCAAAAAUAAACAUUGCCAAAUGCCAAUGUUUUUUCUGCGCAAAGAGCAGAGCGUCGUUUAAAUAUCUUUUUAUGAUAUGAACUGCUCUCCAUUCACUCCAACUAUUUUUCAACCUGUCAGCCUCAGACGAAUGUGAUUGCGAAGAGAAUGAAGAGUGUUAUGAAGGUGACUGUUACUGUGCUGAGGGCUACGACAGAGAUGAGUUUGGAAAAUGUGUCUCUAUGGAUAACGGUGAGAGCUUUCGUUAACUUCUGAUCAGGCGUGAAAGCUUCGAUUUUUGUGUCCCUUGUGUUAUCUCCUCGUUCAAAGUAGAGACCUGUGGAUUCAAUUACGAGUACGAUUACGAGAACAGAGAUUUAACUUAAGGGUUUUUCGCGUAUUCUCACAAAAUAGACACCCCGGAAAGCUUGUACUUUUUGCACCAGAAAAGUAAGGACGGAUAUUUUUAAUUUAUUAAAGGAGGUAGUGCCCUCUCUUGACUGAAAAAUGAUAAAACCCAUGACAACGACGGCUAUCAUGUUUUCCUUCAAAAUAUAUAACCCUCAGUGGUUUAUAUUCGCGCACUACUUGGUGUUGGGAAAAUCUCAUUCUUGCGGUGCGGUACUCGUCUUAAGAAAAACAUGUCAAUAGUGAGUUGUUUGAAGGCCGACUACCGCUAACCCAGAGUUAAAUUUAAUUCGGGUUUCCUUUUUUUUCGUUCAACAGCACUUUCUCGAAAAAUUUUCUUAAUUCUUUUUACAGCAUUCAGUCAUUAAAUUGAAUAAAGACAAAAAAACUGAAUUUGCUUUUUAUAAUAAGCUUUCAUUUCUUCUGAAACCAAAUUUUGCACUAACCCUGUGUUAUCCCUCUUAACCCAGCUCAGUCAACACUCCGUCCCAGGAGCUUACAUUCCCAGUUCUAAUUGUAUUUACUUUGUUACAGGGUUGCUGAGUGGCGUCCAGUCGAUCCAGGCUCCUUUCUUUCACAAAUUCUUGAUCCUGUUUGUAUCGUCCGCAAAUCUUGCUAUGUUGGUUGAAAUCCUUUAG